UCAGCCGUAAGCUGUUUGCUAACCGUAGAAUAACAGAAGGACAUGUAGCAGGAGAAAGAAAUCAUGUUUAAUUUAAAUUCACUGCAGAGAAACAAAACAAUCAAGUAUGGAGUUCCUAUGCUUCUGCUGGUCGUCGGCGGCUCCUUCGGUUUGCGGGAGUUUGCUCAGAUCCGUUAUGAUGCCCAGAAGAUCAGGAAAAGGCUGGAUCCUUCACUGGAGGCGAAGGUGAAUCCACAGAAGCAGGCGGUCAUACUGGAGGAGGAAUAUGAGAAGUUGAAGGAAAUUCAUCUAGACGAGUGGAAGAACAUCCGUGGUCCUCGUCCCUGGGAGGACUCCAGGGAGUAUCAGGAGCAGCAGCGCAAAAAUCUCAGCAAAACAGACUGAGGCUGCGGCCCGAGCUCGCCGUACGCACGCUCAGAAACACCAGAUCACAGAAGACAGAGCAGAGCCCCACGGAGACGACGCCACUGAUGUUUGCUUAUCCUCCACGCUGCCUGCAGCUCUGCAGCUCUCAGCCUGUGU